UGAACUUUUCACAGCUUCGAUGCCUGUGUAUGAUACUGUACUUUUUUUUUGUGGUGAGGCUCGAAGAAAGUUAAGCUCAGUAAAAAAAAAAUUUCCACUAACUUUCACCCAAACUGUAGUGGGUGUAGUGAACCAACAGGUAACUCUACCAGUACGUACGUCAUUUCUAUCCAUGUCAUUAUUUAUAGGGAAUACUUCCCAGUACGGAACUGCGUCUGUGGAUCCUGAAAAGAUCAAAAUUGCAGAAGUUCAAUUCAUUGCUCAAGCUAGUACUUUUAAUCGAAUGCUCAGUCUGUGUCAAACUAAGUGCUUACAACAUCAUUAUAGUGAAGGAGAUUUAAAUACUGGAGAACAAAGUUGUAUAGAUCGAUGUGUUUCUAAAUAUGUUAAGACUAAUUUGGCAAUAGGGAAUGAAUUUACUAAUAAAAGACUUAAUCCUUAUACUGUUAUGCCCGAUUAUGAAAAAGUUCAAACUAUACUAAGAGAUAAUGUAAGAGAUGAGAAUUAAUGAUUAAUGCCAAACAAAGAAAGAAAGAAAGAAAGAAAAGAACAGAAAAUAAAAUAAAAGGAAAACAGAGACAAUAAUAUUUACUGUUUUAUAAUGUACAUAGAUAGAAA